UAUAAUUUCAUUCCUAUCCUCAAAAAAACUCUGAAUUAUUUAUUUUUUUCUUCAAAUUAGUAUUUGUGUGUUUGAUUUUAUCUUGUUCAUCUCCUAGUUCGUGGGACCCAGAUUCUAAAUAUAUUCUUUUGAGAUCUUCUUUUUCCCCCACCACAUGUGUUUAGCUUCUUGAGAGAAAUAAUCUCACUUCUUUUCAACGACACAACACAGAAACUAUUUUUUCCUUUCGAAUUUUGAAUCCCAUAGACGUUACGUUGACGAGAAAUACACUCUCAUCAGAAAAUCAAAAAAAAUUCUCAUCCUCAGAAAAUAAAAUAAAAGCUUCAACUUUUUUCUGGGUUUUUUUUUUUAGAAUUUGGUUUUGUGUUUUUGAUCUUGAGGUUGUAAAAUGGGUGAAUCUGCAGUUCUGGUUCAUUCUUAUUCCUUCGCAGCUCCUAUUACUCGUAACGAUUCUCAUGAGGAGAAUACGAUUCAUGCGUUAAGUCAAUCAAUAUCAUUUGGGAAAUUCAUGACAGAGAAUCUAGAAUGGGGGAAAUGGUCAAGCUUUUCACAUAAAAAGUAUGUUGAAGAAGCAGAGAAAUACUCACGUCCUGGAUCUGUUGCACAGAAAAAAGCUUUCUUUGAAGCUCAUUACAAGAGAAUAGCUGAAGCUAAGAAAGCUGCAACGGAAGAACAACCAUCCGUUACUCCUGCUGAGGUUUUGCUUCAUACUUUGGAAACACAGCCUCCUCCUCCUCCUCCUCCUCUGGUGUUAAAGUAUGGUGAAGAAGGACGUGAAAGAAACAGUUUUCAGAUUGAUGAUCAUGAUGUGACUGAUGAAUUGGAAAAUGUGAUGUUUGGUGGUGAUUAUGUUAAGGAGGAGGAGGAGAAGAAGGUAGAGGAAGAGUUGUUGAAGGAGGAUUGGUCUGUUGGUGAAAAGGAGAAACAACACAGGAAAUCUGUAACUAAGAAUAGACCGGUGUUUAGAUUGUCUUUGGAGAAAACUAUCCCUCCGAAAUCUUUAGAUGAGAUCUCUUUAACAGAGAAAAGAAGCGAAAGACCGAUGACUCAGGUAGAAGAAAAACCGGUUCACCGCCAGAGAUUCGGUCUCUUGAGCUGUUUCAUAAGUAAUGCUAAAACUCAAGAUCAGAACCAGAGCAGGAAUAAGAGAAAGACGGAGAAGAAGAAGCAGUUUCUGUGUCUUUGUUUGAAGCCAAAGACUAUAAGAGAGUAAUCAUAAGAUAGCCAAAGACGCUUCAAGAACACAGCUUUGAGAAAAGGUUACAGUCUGCAAAUGGCGAACGGGAGAAUAAAAAGAUCGAUAUCGAGUCACAAACUCGAUGGUUCGAUCAAAGCUUUAGUGAUAAAAACACAACAAUUUCGAUAUGUAGAUGGCACCGAUUAUGCUCAAUUCACACCAGUUUGGAAAAGAGUCCGAGUGCAAUAGGAAUUAGCUUCUUUUGUUUGGUUCUCUUUGAAUCUUUGUUAUCUGUCUUACUAUGUAAUGAAAGAACAACUCCAGUUUCUUGAUUUGAUCUGAUCUUAAUCUUGAAAAUGGAUUGUUGUUGUUAAAGCUAUUCACUUUACACAAAAGAUAAUGUAAAAUAAUCAAAUUUAACAUUCACAAAAGAAAAAGAAAAAGCUGAUCCAUGUGAGUGAGGGAGACAUCAUUAGUUGUUUCUUUUAGACCAAACACCAACCAUCUUCUUCUUCUUCUUCUUCUUCUUCGUUGUCAUCUAACACAUGUUCCAUCAUCAUCAUCCCCACAUCGUAAAAACUCAUACUUUCAUCAUAACUAUGAGACCCACCACCAUCUUCUUUCUCGCUUUUAUCUCCAUUACUCUCUGUCUUCACCUUUUCAACUCCAGCUUCUUGUUCUACAUCGUCUUCACAAUGGUUAGGAUCCAAGAAACUAGGGAGAUUCAAAACAGGUUCUGUCUUGACCCGCCACGUCAGCAGUUUGUAGCUUGAUGAAGCAAUGUCGUUUGAUCUCACCCAAUGCACUUGACCAGGCCACACUUUCCGGUGAGCUUUGUUUGGUUUUGAUGGCAAUGUGGUUAAUAACUCAGAAGGUUGAGGUGAAGUCAAAGAGUUGACCGGUCUUGUGUUAAGCGGUGGUGGAAGAAUCCGGUAAGUUCUGACAAGACCAUGUUGCCGACCUUGUCGUCUCAUCUCAACCGUCGAAUAUUAAAGAAAGAAUGAAAGAGAGAGAGAGAUUUUUCGAAUUUGGAAGUUAGCUUGAAUGAUAUAUAAGCCAAGAAGAGCUUUAAUGGAGUCAAAACGUAACAUCCAACAACAAGAGUAGUUUGUGGGUUAAGUCAAUGAGUUGUUGUUAUAGAUAACGUGCAGGUCUUAAAUAAUUGAAGACUUCUUUAUCUUUGCCAUUACAG